AUGGCUUCUACACCCGCCAAUGGAGCAGACGGGCUUCAGCUUCCACACAAGCUGCUACAACAGGUUGGCCGCACGCCAGACCGACAGCCCUCGCCCCUACCCUCACAUAUGAGCAUCCCAGGCUCAGGACACUCGACACCCCGAAUUAUACCACAAGAAGGCUCAGGUGGUUCAGGCUAUGUGGCUCCCGUAUUUGAGGGCAAAGAGAAGCAAAUGGAGGCCGUUAUGGACGGCGUCGAAGAAAAGGGCUUUGUGCCUCCAGAGCUCGUCGAGUCGGAGACGAGGUGGUUCUACAAUGAAUUGGGCAUCGACGAUAUGUACUUUGCAACUGAGACGGUAGAAGCCGUUGUGAGCCACAUCCAUUCGCUGUACGCCGCAAAGGUCGCAGCAUAUGCGAGGGACGACAAGCGUCUAGAAAUUCGGCUGGACAAGGAAGCUGCAGACCAUGCAGUCUAUAUCGACACUAGCAAGCCCGGUGUAUCAGUCAUAGGCGGCCCACAAUACGAACAACGAAUCGGCAGGAAAUACUUGAGCAUAACCAAGGGCGGUGCGGCUUACCGAGUGGAGAGUUUCCGCUCCGAAAGCACACUGCCAGGCAGUGACGAACAGCAAUUGCGCUGUUACUUCAUCUACCGGUGCGACUUCGUAGACCCUAACGCUAGCGCGACGGAAACGAACAUCGAAAAGGUUGGCGACAAGCGUUUCCUACAAAAGGCCACUGCCAAUACGAAGAAGAUCUACCAAGAAGUGCUGGAGGUUGCUGUAGAGCGAACUGGCCCAGUUAUCGAGUACUUCGACAUCCAGGGAUCGAGAGACAAGCGCAUGGUUGUAGCAUACAAACGAGGCAGCGCCUUGGGCAUGUUCAGCGCUCUGAGCGACCUUUAUCAUUACUAUGGUCUGACGACGUCGCGAAAAUAUGUCGAACAAUUUUCCAACGGAUACACGGUCAUGUCUUUGUACCUGCGCCCUCUACCAGGAGCUGCAGGAACCAAGUUUCCACCCAUUGAGGCAUCGAUCCAUCAAAUCACCAAGGAGGUUUCCCUCUUGUAUUGUCUCCCGCAGAACAAAUUCCAGACCCUGUUUGCUACGGGCAGACUGAGUCUGCAAGAGACUAUCUACGCACACUGCGUGUGGGUAUUCAUUACUCACUUCCUCAAUCGCCUCGGAAACGAGUACACUGCUCUGGCGACGAUCCUAGACCCCGAAAACAGUGCGCAUGCUGAACUUCUUUCCAAGUUGAAGCGAAGAUUACGUGCCGAGACCUUUACUGCCGACUACAUCUUCGAGAUCAUCAACACAUACCCCGGCCUAGUCCACAGCUUAUAUCUCCCAUUUGCGAAGACGCAUUAUGUCCAGACUAGGGGAGAGGAAGAUGACUUCCUCCCGACGCUGAGUUAUCUUCGUCUAACGGUCGACAAGGUUCAGACCGAUACAGAGUUGACGGACACGAUCAACAAGGCCGUUGUCAAUGACCAUCAUGAGAUGGUCAUGACUGCUUUCCGCAUCUUCAACAAUUCUGUGCUCAAAACGAACUUCUAUACACCUACGAAGGUGGCCGUCAGCUUCCGUUUGAACCCAAGUUUCCUCCCACCUUCAGAAUAUCCCCAGCCCCUGUAUGGAAUGUUCCUUGUGAUUGGUUCUGAAUUCCGUGGUUUCCACCUUCGAUUCCGUGACAUCGCACGUGGUGGAAUCCGAAUCGUCAAAUCUCGAAGUCAAGAAGCCUACUCGAUCAAUGCACGAUCAAUGUUCGAUGAGAACUACAAUCUUGCAAACACGCAGCAACGCAAGAAUAAAGAUAUUCCAGAAGGUGGUUCUAAGGGUGUUGUUCUUCUUGACUUCAAGCAUCAGGAUAAGGCCAGUAAUGCUUUUGAGAAGUACAUCGACAGCAUCCUGGACCUUCUAUUGCCUCCUAGCAGUCCUGGAAUCAAGGACCCUAUCGUUGAUCUCCACGGCAAGGAAGAGAUUCUCUUCAUGGGUCCCGAUGAGAACACUGCUGAUCUUGUUGACUGGGCGACUGAGCAUGCUCGAGGCCGAGGUGCGCCAUGGUGGAAAUCUUUCUUCACCGGAAAGAGCCCCAAGUUGGGUGGCAUUCCCCACGACCACUACGGCAUGACAACGCUAUCCGUCCGAGAAUACGUUUUGGGUAUCUACCGCAAGCUUAAUCUCGAUCCGAGUAAGGUUCGCAAACUACAGACGGGUGGCCCAGAUGGUGAUCUUGGAUCGAACGAGAUCCUACUCAGCAACGAGAAGUACGUCUCCAUUGUGGAUGGGUCUGGUGUGCUCGUAGACCCAAAUGGCAUCAACCACCAAGAGCUGCUGCGUUUGGCAAAGGGCCGUAAGAUGAUCAACAACUUUGAUGUUUCCAAGCUCUCAGCAGAGGGCUAUCGCAUCUUGGUUGACGAUACCAAUAUCCGACUACCAAAUGGAGAUUUGGUCUACAACGGUACGACCUUCCGGAAUACCUUCCAUCUUCGCAGUGACAUCCACUACGAUACUUUCGUCCCCUGCGGUGGACGACCUGAAUCUAUCGAUCUGACGACAGCGAACAAACUCAUCGUCGACGGCAAGUCGGUGAUCCCGUAUAUCGUAGAGGGUGCGAACUUGUUCAUCACCCAGGACGCCAAGCUCCGUCUUGAGAAGGCUGGUUGCAUUCUGUACAAGGACGCUUCAGCAAACAAGGGCGGUGUAACAUCUUCGUCGCUCGAGGUUCUGGCUUCGCUAUCUUUCGAUGAUGAGAGCUUCGUCAAGCACAUGUGUGUUGGAGAAGAUGGCAAGGCCCCCGAGUUUUAUGAUCUCUACGUAAAGGAAGUGCAGAGGACCAUCCAGAACAAUGCGCGCCUCGAGUUCGAGGCCAUCUGGAGGGAGCAUCAAGCUACCGGCCAGCCUCGCAGCAUUUUGAGUGAUACGCUCAGCAAUGCCAUCACGAAGCUGGAUGAGGAGCUGCAGAACACGGAUCUGUGGAAGAAUGUAGAGUUUAGGCAUUCGAUCCUGAAGGAGGCGCUGCCCAACACCUUGCUUGAACAGAUUGGAUUGGAUAAGAUCAUCGAGAGGGUGCCCGAUAAUUAUCUACGUGCCAUCUUCGGAAGCUAUCUCGCCAGUCGUUUCGUCUACGAGUAUGGCGUGUCGGCCAGUCAGUUUGCCUUCUUCGACUUCAUGAGCAAGCGGAUGGCGAAGGGAAGCACAGCCGCUCACUAG